AUGAAAUAUAUCAUCUUUCUCUAUUCUCAAGUCUACAUCUCUUACGGACCAGCCAUGAAUAAAAGACCCGCAAGAAAAUUUAUAGAACUAAGCGGCAAAUGCUCUAAGGAAGGCUACGCAUAUGGUCAGUGUGUUUUGGGCUGCUAUUCAACAAUUGGAAAGGAUUCAUGUGCGGCCGAAUUCAUGAAGUUCAAGGAAUGUAUGAUAAAAGUCGCUGGAAAGAAGUGGUAG